AUGCCUCGCCUCAAACACCUCCCCUUCACCGACGUCAGCGUGAGGAUGGAUGACACCAAAGCCGUCGUCACCGUGCUCGUCGAUGACCUCAGGACUCUCCGCAUGUCAUGCCGUUGGUAUAGCAAGAUUGAAUCGCCAUCGGAGCCGCUGUUGUUCUUGUGUCACUCGGGCGUCACAGCCGUGUUCACCAAAUACUCGUUGUUCCGCUUACGCGCACCCAAGCUGGCGGUGUUCGAGUGGCGAUGCUGCUAUGCUGACGAGGUGCGCAUUGAGGCCGUGGGUCGCCUCUCCGAUGUCGCCAUCGAGGUUGACGCCGGUAGGACGCGCACGCCGACUCCAAUUGGCCCGGAACCCAAGUACGUGACAAUACAACAACGUGACAAACUUGUGACCGACAUCCUUCAAGGGAUUAUGCCUGGGCUGCAGCCACGCACUUGGAAAGGUGUGACGUGGUAUGUAUAUACUCGACUUUAA